AUGAAGAUCUUUUUUCUUCCUAUGGAUGCUCAUGGCCAUGUAAAUGCUUGCAUUGGUUUGGCACGUAUGUUAAAGGAUUUUGGUCAUCAAUGUGUUUUCGCUGUUCCUAAACGAUGGUGUAAACCAAUUGAAGAAUACGAUUUUAAGGUUGAAAUUUUAGAUGACCCAACAGUGCCUGAUGAUGAAGACACACAAAAAAAGUGGGGAACUUUCAUGAACAAGUAUGCUCAUACAUACAGCAAAUCUCCGAAAGAACAGUUUGUUGAACUUAUUGUCCCUGCAAGUGUUGCUUUUAUUGAUUAUGUAAAGAUAAUUAAUGAUCAAUUGCCAGCACUUCUUGAAUCAACAAAUCCAGAUUUUAUUAUUAUUGAUUUCUAUGUAACGGUUCCUUCAGUUAUCAAUUCAGGUAAACCAUGGGCGCUUCUUUAUUCGUGUAACCCUCUUAGGGCUUAUGAUGGACCUAAUGUCCCACCAUAUGGCUUUGGUUUACCAAUUGAUACUGACCAAGCCACAACGAUGAGUUAUAAAAUGUUUAUGGCCGAAGCUAUGAAAGAUGUUAAAAGCAGCUUUGAUGAAUGGUUGGUUUCCAAAGGAGUAACACCAGAACCAUUUGCUAUUAUGAAGCCAUCGCCUUAUCUCAAUGUAUAUCCAUUCCCUGCGGAUCUUGAUUAUACAGAGAUCGGUCCAGUUCCUGAUAAAUGGUUCAGACUUGAUCAUAUGGUUCGUAAAGUUCAAGAUGGACCACUUGGAUUCGAUGAAAAGUUUUUUGAUCGCCCAGGAAAGAAGAUCUUUUUUAGUUUAGGAUCAAUGGGAGCUGCAGAUAUUGAGCUGAUGAAACGACUCAUUGGUAUUCUUGGCAAAUCAAAACAUUUGUUCAUUGUUUCAAAAGGACCAUUCCAUGAUAAAUACGAGUUAGCAGAAAAUAUGGUUGGUGGUAAAUAUCUAAACCAAAUGGCCAUUUUACCUCGAGUUGAUUUGGUCAUACAUCAUGGUGGUAACAAUACAUUUGUUGAAACACUUUACUUCGGCAAACCUUUCAUUGUUUUACCAUUAUUUGCUGAUCAACACGAUAAUGGUCGAAGAGCUGAAGAUAAAAAGAUUGGUCGAUCAUUCCGUCCACAUCACGUUACUGAAGAUGAAUUGUUAUCAGCCAUUGAUGAGUUGUUAAAUGAUAAAGAAUUGCAUGACAGAGUAACCAAAAUAGGAGAAAACAUUCGAAAUUCAAAAAGCAUUGAGGAUUUCAACAACAAAAUUGAGAUAAUAGUUGCAGAACACAAAUAA